AUGUCCGCGCCAACGUCUGGCUUUGCGCUGCCCAAUCACGACUUGUCCAGCCUCUCGCUGACUGGUCGACUGCAGCGCAUCUUUCAUCAAGCCGCACAUCCAUCUCCCUCUCUGCCUCUUGUCUCUGACGACCCAUCUACCUCAUCCGCCACCCCAACCGAUCCAGCCUUGGCCUUGCUGCAAGAGAUCAGAUCCGCUGAAGAACUGUCUGUCUCGUUGGAUCUCCUAUCUGACAAUGACCAUCUGGAAGAUCUGUCUACAGCCACCCUCAGAGCCUUGCUCUUGCCCGCCGUACUUGCAGAGGUAUUGACUCGGGUAAAGACGCCCAUCGGACCACCAGGCAUUUCACAUAGGCUCGAGGUGCUCAAAGGCAGCGCAGUGAGUCGCCUUCAGUUCUGCCAAUCAACUGACCAGUGACGCUUCAAGGCGUUUACACACGCUGCUGCUACUUUGCACAGGGCGCGCACAAACGCUUCCUCCAAUCGCUGCUUCGCACCGGUGCCUUGCCGUCCGCGCCUAGCUCUGAGCGCUCAGCAGCCAUUUCGUCAGACUUGCUCCUCCUCUCGCGGCAAGCUCAGCUGCACACCUCCAGCUCCCCCUCCACCUCGCUCGUCAGCCAGCCCGCUUUCCCCAAUCCUGGCUCUAAAAGGGACCUCAAAAUUGCUCUGUUCAAGCUAGAACGAGCCAUUGUCAACGCUCUAGACCAAUUCAGAGUUGCAGCGAGGCAAAGGGCUCAGAGCCAAGCGUCCGGCAUCAAGGUGCCUCAUAUCGGUUUCGACUCCGCUACAGCCUCACAUGAAGCUCCUGCGGAAGCUCUCUGGGACUUGCUGCUCUUGUCAAAACGGAACGUGUCAGGGCAAGAAGGCGAGGAGAAGGAUGGACAAGGACAGGACGAUGACGGAGCAGAGGAUGACGCCUUGGUGCAGUACCUGCACAGACGCAGAGGCGCCACUUCUUCAACCUCCUCUCCGCCCCCACCUCCCAUCACUCCUCCCUCCUCCCUGAGGGGCUACACGCUUCUACUGCUCUUGCUACAUGCAUGCAAGACCAUCUCAGCUCUUGACAGCGUUUCCCAAGAAGUUUCGUUGCUCUCCAACAUGGCCAGUGACCCCUCGCUCGGUCAAUCGGCGUAUGCCAUGGAAAGGCGAGAGCGUGAGCGAGCAAGAGAAGGUACGGGCAGCGAUACGAGCUGGAGAUUGGAUCCGAGAAGGCUGGACGCCAAUGCGCCUGGACCAUUGUUGGAUAAACAAGGCAAGAUCCUUAGGCCUUUUCAGAUUUUGCCAGGAGGCUCUACAUCUGCCAACGCGCUGCCUACCGAUGAUAUGAAUGCGAGACAGAGACUACGUGAGGAAGUAUUCAGACCUAGUCAUAGGCUUCCCACCAUGUCCAUCGAUGAUUUCUUGGCAGAAGAAGAGAGGCGCGGUAAUGUCAUCCGUGGCGGAGGGUGAGUGUUGUGACUUUGGCGCGGGUCGAGUGCAUAAGCUGCACUCCGCUCCUCACACGUCUCUGAUUGAUCCACUUGACAACAGACACGAAGGAGCGGCAAAAGCUACACCGAGGGAAUCACGCGCUCUCAGAGCAGAGCAAGAUGGAACGCUGGAGGCUGAAGAAGCAGAAGAAGAUGCAAGAAAGGAAGCUAUUGAAUGGGACGCGUUCAAGGAAGCCAAUCCAAAGGGAAUUGGGAACACGAUGAAUAGGGGCUGA